AUGGUGCCGCAGCCUGGGUGCUUCUCAGAGAAAAACAUUAAACUCUCCGAGGCAAGGACUGCCACUGUAAGCACAGCACCAAGUUUAAUGGACCCCAAUGUCAGGAAGACCCUUCUGUGCUACCUCAGUAGUAAAGGACCGAAACCCAAAAGCAGCAGCAGUGCCACAGCGAGCGAGACCUCCAGAGCGAGGAGCUGGCGUUACUGCCAGAAACACAGAGCGCUUGGGUCGCUUUCCCGGCUGUCCUGGUGGCCCAACAGAGGUGGAAAAGGAGAAGCGAGGGCCCGGCUGGACAGCGGUGCGGCACAGAUAGAGAUGGACGCCAUCACAGCGAGAGGGCCUCCCCCCGCCUCCCGCGCCGCCUGGGGCUUCGCCGAUCCCCUCAGGCGGAGGGGAGGCUCCCUCCCGGUGCAGGCGGGGGACUCCCGUCUCCUCUCCCCGGGGCCGCGGCCCCCAUCACCCCGGCACCGGGCGGGGAGGCGGGCGCGGGCCGAGAGCGACGGCGCAUGUAAGCAUUAUGAGGAAGAAGAGGAGGAGGAUGCCCUGCCAGACUCAGAUGCCCUGCCAGACUCAGAUGACGAGGUGGAUUUGGAUAAGCCGCGCCCCAUACAGAUUGUUCUUGCUCAUGAAGAUGACCAUAACUUUGAAUUAGAUGAAGAAGCAUUGGAGAAAAUCUUGCUUCAGGAACACAUCAAAGAUCUUAACAUAGUAGUUGUGUCUGUAGCAGGAGCUUUCCGCAAAGGAAAAUCUUUUCUGCUGGACUUCAUGCUUAGAUACAUGUAUAACAGGACUUCUCCUUGCUGGAUAGGUGGAAACACUGAGCCUUUGACUGGGUUUACAUGGAGAGGUGGAUGUGAACGGGAAACUACUGGCAUUCAGAUUUGGAGUGAAGUGUUUGUAAUUGAUAAACCCAAUGGAACAAAGGUUGCUGUACUACUCAUGGAUACCCAAGGUGCCUUUGAUAGCCAAUCCACUAUCAAAGACUGUGCAACGGUUUUUGCUCUGAGCACCAUGACGAGUUCUGUCCAGGUAUACAACUUGUCCCAGAAUAUUCAGGAAGAUGACCUUCAACAUUUGCAGUUGUUUACAGAAUAUGGAAGACUAGCUAUGGAAGAAAUAUACCAAAAGCCGUUUCAGACACUCAUGUUCUUAAUUAGAGAUUGGAGUUAUCCUUAUGAACAUGCAUAUGGCUUGGAAGGAGGAAAAAAGUUCCUAGAGAAAAGAUUGCAGGUAAAGCAAAACCAACAUGAAGAGCUACAGAAUGUAAGGAAGCAUAUUCACUCCUGUUUCAGUAAUCUUGGCUGUUUCCUGUUGCCCCACCCUGGUCUUAAAGUUGCAACAAAUCCAAAUUUUGAUGGGAGGUUGAAUGAUAUAGAUGAGGAUUUUAAGAAAGAACUGCGGAAUUUGGUACCAUUACUGCUUGCCCCUGAAAACUUGGUAGAAAAAGAGAUUAGUGGAUCCAAGGUGACCUGUAGAGAUCUUGUAGAAUACUUCAAGGCUUAUAUUAAAAUCUAUCAAGGAGAGGAGCUACCUCAUCCAAAGUCUAUGCUGCAGGCAACAGCUGAGGCGAACAAUCUGGCUGCUGUGGCAGGAGCAAAAGACUUGUACAGUAAAGGCAUGGAGCAGGUUUGUGGGGGAGAUAAGCCUUACAUUGCCCCGUCGGACCUUGAGCGGAAGCACCAGGAUUUCAGAGAGUCAGCUGUCAGGCAGUUCCGCUCAGUGAAGAAGAUGGGAGGGGAGGAGUUCUGUCGGCGCUACCAGGAACAGCUUGAAGUGGAAAUCGAUGAGAUCUAUGCAAACUUUGUGAAGCACAACGAUGGCAAAAACAUCUUUUAUGCUGCUCGUACCCCUGCCACUCUAUUUGCAGUCAUGUUUGCCAUGUAUAUAACCUCAGGACUGACUGGGUUCCUUGGUAUGAACUCCAUAGCUACCCUGUGUAAUCUCGUGCUGGGGAUGGCUCUUAUAUCGUUUUGUACUUGGGCAUACGUUAAGUACUCUGGGGAAUUCAGAGAAGUUGGAACAGCCAUUGAUCAGAUUGCUGAAGCUAUAUGGGAACAGGUGUUGAAGCCCAUGAGUGAUAAUUUGAUGGAGGAUCAUAUGAGGCAGUCUGUAAAAAACUCUAUCAAAGCAGGCCUGACCGAGCAGGUGUCUCACCAUGCCAGACUAAAGACAGACUGACAGUUCUUCUCCUCUUCAACUCUGCCCUCUCAUCCUAGACAUGCUUGCUGUACCAUGAGAACUCAAUAAUAAAAAAAAAUAAAUAUAAAAAUAAACCAAAGUUUACAAUCAACUGUAGAAGUAGUUUAGUGUGACUGGCUUCACAGAUUGCUGCCAUCACCUGGGAAGAGUAGGUUUGUCAGUGCUCUGCUUCUAAGACAAACUGGUGCCAUGGAGACGGCUGGGGGUGGGAGGGCGGGUGUCUGUUUUACGUAUAGUCCUGGUGAACAGUGUAUGUGUGCAUUUGGGGGUGGGGGGGUUGGGAUCUUCCCCCCAGUGUUUGAGUUGAUGCAGUCUCUGGCUUACAGUGGGAAUCUGUCCUCUGCAGGAGGUAAUUUCAGGGAAGUACAAUGAUCAGACCCACAUAAGGUGUGCUCUCACCAAAUGUACCCACCUCCACACCAUCCCCAUGCCACCUGUAAGGAGUGUUUCUGUGGCUGGAGUGUAUCAAGUCGGUGAAGCCAUUAGAGCCACUACAUUAUAAUAUGUAUCUUGCUUUAUUGCCUUUUAUACCAGUGUUACACAAAUGCAUGUAUUGGUUCCGCACGCCGCCGAUGGCAGAACUGACUUGUAGGGGAGGCAGUGGGUCAGAGCAUAUGGUGUCUUGCCUUGAACUUGCAGACCUGGUCCCGAGGGAGGUGCAUAUCAGAACUGAGCUGUCUUUUUCUGCAGUUUAGCCUUCAUGUAUAUAAUAUUGCCAUUAAUUCUACUGGGGGAGAAAUUCCAUCCAAAAAUGUUGCCUACAGCUACCAAGCAACGAGUUAGGAUUGUCUGUACAGUGUGUUUAGUUUUUAUUUUUUAAGAAAUCACAGAUAGGGCAUGUAUAUGAAAUAUAAAUAUAUAAAUACAAUUUUGUAUCAAAGUUUUGUAGUUUAUGGCAAAACCUGGUUCUGUGGUAGCUAAGUGCAGUCCCUGUAAAGGAAUGUUUGUGGCUCAUGUAAAUGUGUGAAUGCAUCAAUAAUUUGAAGUUUUUUGAUAUAUUUGUGAUAUUUACCUGCCUUGAGCACUGCAAUCUCUCACCCCCUUGGGAAAAUCAGUGGGAAUGUUUGUUGUGAAACUCGUCUUCUGUUGCAUUUUAAAGUUAUUUCCUGUAAUUUAUUUUCAGUACAUGAUUAAAAUCAGUUGUGUAUAUAUGAAAUGAAAUUCGUGCUUAUUUUUAGAAGAUCUUCGAGUAUGUAUUCUACUACAUAAACUAUGUCAAAUACUUAUCCUGACAAUUAUAUGAACAAAUUGUCUAUUGUACUUCAUAGCUUUCUGUUGAAGCUGAUGUUCCUCUCAUGCUUGUCUCUGAAAGAUGACAUCUGUCUAGCUCAUAUCCCCUCCCUGUAUAUGAAAACUCUGGUAUUCUAAAGCACGCUUCUUGACUUGUGGAGUUGCUUGUCAGCUUCUGCCCUCCAACAACUGUAUCAUUCUGAAAUCUUGGUACCAGCUCUGUUUUCACUCUUGACUAAAUCAGUAUCAACUAAGGCAUUUUCAGAUGUGUGGAGUGUAAAGGCAGCUAAAUAAUUAACUGCUGUAGUUUCAGCUGGAAAUGACUGUGUGCAAUAGCUGGGUUUUUUUUCAUUCCUAAAUGGUAACAAUUUCCAUCAACAUUUGAGCUUCAUCAGUCUCCCCUCUCUUCGAGUGAGGGAAAUCACCUGUCUAGGACUAAAGCAAUUGCACUGUGACUUUUGUACCAUAAAGAACUGCCGGGGAGUGGUGGUUACCUGCCCUCUGGAGAGGAGGGCUCAGCUCCAGGUGAAUGAUGCUGAAGAUGAGGUAGGAAUGUUGCAUUUUAUGAUAUCUUCUCUCAAACUGUACAGAUUAAAUACUGUUAUUUAAACAA